UCGCAAAAGCAUGAAGCCCCUCCAUACAUCACCCGUACACUAUCCGGAUUUCAUAUGCUUUAGGCCCAUAUAAGUUAAGGCCCAACAAAAUUCUCCCGCGUAAAGGAAAAUGAAAAACCUAUCUGUCUUCUCUGAGAAGUUUAGGAGUUAAUGACAGCGGGGAAAAUGUCCGUCGCCGGCGAAGAAUCGACUCACCGUGCUCAGAGACCUCUCACUGAUAACGAUAUCGUUCGUUUAGCUCAGUACCACCACUGCCACACCGGUUUCUCUCUCCCUCCCUACCUUCUCUCCACGGCUUCCCACGAUCCUCUUCUCUCAUACCUCCAAUCCCGCUCCUCGUCACCCUCGCCGUCGAAACCUGUCUCUGAGUAUGUGGUUGCUCUUUUGUCUUUAAUUUCUCUAUCCCCGACUACUCCGCAUCUUUCGUCUCUCCUCGCCUCUCUUCUCAUCUCCUACACCCAAAUCUUCAAUGCCGGCAAAAUUCCGAGCGACUCGGAUUCCCUCAAGACGAUUCAGCUCUUCGGUACUCUCUUACGACAUUUACACAUCAAGGAGCUGAAAUCUGUAGUCGAUUCCAUCUUAUCGGGUGUCUCUAGAGUUAUCACUGUCGAUGACGCCCAGCUGUUUGAUUUAUUGCCUGUGUGCUUUGAUUUAUUGCGGAAUCCGAGAGAAGCGAAAGCUAGUGAACUCGAUUACGUUAAUUCAGCGAUUGAUCUCGUUCUUAGCUGUGAAUGGCAGAAAGGGCUGUUGACGAAAGUGGUUUCUCUUGCAAAGGAGUUCACAUUUCUGGAUAAGGGGAGAAAGAGUGAAUUGCUGGAGAAGGUGUUUUCUGGUAUAAAGAGUAUAGACUUGCAAGAUCUGCCGUCACUUGUGUAUCAAUUGUUGGUUCUUGCUUCGAAAGGCUUUUGCAAGAGGGAGGUGAUCGGAGGAGUUGUUGGUUUUUUUGGGUCGAAAGCUGAGACCAAAGUAGCCUCCGUCCUUAGACAGAUCGAAGGAACCGUUCUUCUUCAUGUGAAUUUCGCAGUGAAGCAGGAUCCUUCACUGGGGCAAGAGGUCGUGGCGUUAGUCAAAUCCGAUUUCAGAGCUUUCAAUCAUUUUACAGUUGCCGUUCUGCUUUCGGUUGCUAGGGUCAGAAAGUUUGGUGAGAACUCCUUGGGGAUUCUGAGAACGGCUUUGCUUACUGCAUACAACGAUUACAGACUCUCCAAAGAUUGCAAGUGGUUACCUGAUGAACUGAAGGAAGAGAGUUUCCUGCAUGCCAAAUUGGUUGAAAAAUCUUUGCUAAGAGCGGUUAGUGAGUGUAGAUAUGCGAGGGAGCAUGUGGUUCCAAGUGUUAUUCAGUUUGGCUUUAUGUUGCUAGAAUCUGUUGAAGAUAGCAGAUCCAAUGAUUUUGGUGAUUCUAGUGGCGUACUGGGUAUUGAGAAGCUUAGCGUUCAGAUUCUGGGUAUCUUAUUUGAAGUCCAUGAUAUGACAAGAAACGAGAUAAUUGAGCAAUGCAAGUUUCGGAUUCUUUCUUUGAAAUGUGCAAAGAGCAAGCCAAUAAUAAGGUUAUUAGGGUGUCUUGUCCAGAGAUACUCACUUAUCAUGUUGGAAUUUGUCCACCAUCUCAAAGAGUUAUUGGAUUAUUUCACUUUCAUGGAGGGCAAUAUCAGCUGUUUUCUUGUUUCUGCUGUUAUCCCGCUCAUCAAAUUCAGCCGUGAUCUUCAGGAUUAUACCAUCUUGGUGAUCCGGAAGGCUAUGUUUAGACGGGAAGAUACAGUUCGUGUUGCAGCGACAAAAGCAAAAGUAAAGGAAGUAGUUUAUGAUGGGCUUGUGAAGUUAGUCCUGAUUGAUCCAUCAAGUGGAGGACAUGUGUUGGACUUUCUUAUGCCUCACUUUCUUCGUUUCUUCAGACAGGACGCAGAUUUUCAGCUUGGAAUCACUUCAUGCAUUAAAGUAGAAGGUGGUAAAUGUACAAUUGAAGAGCCCUUGGAUAAGCUUCUCUUUUGUAUCUCUUGGAUUUUACUCCUCCAGCCGCAAAACAGUUCUGAUCGGCCUUCCGAUGCCGCGUGGCCAUGCUUUGGUUUCUCACUUACUCAAGAAAAUGAGCAGCAGGUAGGAAGAAAUGUAUCUCAAGAAGUGUACUCCAGUGCUUUGGUGAAGGUCCGAAGCUUCCUACUUGGCAAGAAAUUAGAAGGUUGUGUUAGGCUUGAUAUUGUUGGGCAGUCUCAGGACACAGUUUCCGCAUCUCUAGAAGAAGAUAAAAGAAAAUCAUAUUGUUUGAUUAUAUUGGGCAUCAUUCAAGUGCUGCUAAACUAUAUUAUAAUGGAUCUAGAGAAACAGCCAGAAGAGAAAAAGGGUGAUAUAGAAAAGGAGAUUGCCGAUUUGAUCGAUCUUUAUGAAUCACUGGAAAAGGACGUGGGGAAAUUGAAACAGGGCAAUAUUGGCAAGAGAGUACGAUUUAGCUCCCGUAAUAAAUCUGAUGAUGCUGAUGUGGGAAACGCAAGUAUUAAUGAAGAGCGAGAAAAAGUUCUCUUUUUGGCUACUUCAAGUAUCUACCAGCUAUUUCUAGUCAAUUUCAAACUCUAUGGCAGCAAAACCGGUGGUAAUCAUUCAGGUUUGCAAGAUCACAGCCAGUCAUCAUCAACUAAGACAGAAAAAUCAAUUUCUGGAGUUUUCUCUUUCACUUUGCAUGUUUGUGUUGCACACAUAAGAUCAUCUCUUUGCAUAAAAGAUGAAAACCCACUUAAACCAUUGGUCUACGGUGACAUGAAAGUUCUGGGUCCUCCACUGCUAAAAGUAGUUUACCUGCUAAAGCCAGGGCUACCUCUAGCAACCGGACAGACAAAUAAGGAGAAUAAAGGAAGAAAGGAUGCUGAAGGAAGAAAACAGUGUCUACAUCUUGCCUUACUUGGCUUGAAAGAGCUACUCAGUAUAUAUUCAACUGGCUCUGAUUUGACUGGCUUGCUUGAAGUUUUGUUGGCUGUGCCUACUUCUGAGGAUGCUACUUUAGAAGAUUGCAGCGAAGCUUCGAAAAUUGAAGAUCUACUUGUAAAGAAUGUCGAAAUUUUCAUGGAGAAAAUCAUGAAGCCCAUGAUCACGGACCUUAUCACGCAAAACUCUAAUGAUGUAGAGAUUCUUUGUGACAUAAUGUUGAUGCUUGGGAACACUCUACCUGACAAAUUCAAACAACGGCAUGGAUCAUGGGCUCAUCAAAUCUGCAGAAGCUGUGAAACAUCUAACACCACUGUGGCUAAGAGUAUUGUGAAACUUGCCAUCUCGUUUACUGCAUCCCCUGGCGAUCUAUGCAUAGCUGUGGAAGUGGCUAAGGAGCUGCAAAAUGUCAUCGGUUUAGACAAAUCUGAUACUUUACAAGUGUCUGAAUCAUACAUGGUCAUAAACCAGUCAACAAGUGCUUCAGUAACAUCUUGCAUAUUGCAACUAGUUGAUUCAGCAAUAGUUGACAUGGAUUGGGGCACAAAGAAGCUGAAGAAUUUCUAUGUGGUCUCUGAGAAGAACAUCCAUCUCAACCAUGAUGCUGAGAGUACAUUUGGAUUGGCUCUCGAGGAAGCCCUUUACUCAAUGGCUGAGUCAACAGUCAGAAUACUUUCUUCCUUUGUUUUGAUGAACCUCAAAGACUCGCAAGCAGCGCAGUUUCUGAGACUAGCAGUGAGGUUUUACAAACAGUUAGCACAGAUCGUGAAACAGAGGAUUGCUCCCAAAGGUUCCAAGCAAAAUCUUCCCAGCCUUAAUUUUCAAAAACUCGUGGAACUAACUUGCAAGAGUCUCACGGUUCCUUUAUAUCCCUUUCUAGCUGAAAUGCAAAAGGAACAACAAGAGAGUGUGAGUUCUAGUUCCAAGGGCAUAAUCAACAAGAUCAAACAGGAGAACAAAUGCAUCCCUGAUUUGAUAUUUCAGAUAGAAGACUAUGAAAGAUACCUAAUUCAGCUAAGCAAAGUUACUAAAUUCAACUUGUUGAGGCAUGCAAAGCGCAGCACUGCCAGAGACUUCAAAAUCAUUGAAGAUGCAGAAACUCCUGCAGGAGGCGAAGAUGGAGGAAACCAGGCAGAGGCAGAGACACAGGACAACAACAUUGGCGUUAACGAGGAUGACAUAGUAGAAGAAUCAGAAGACGAUUCAGAGAAAAUAUUGCCCUCCCGAAAUGUUAAUUCCGGAUCAUCACGGGACGUGGAUUCUGAUCAACCAAAAGCGGCUGAAGAAGACGGUAAAGAAGAAGAAGGAGAAGAAGAAGAAGGAGAAGAAGAAGAAGGAGAAGAAGGAGAAGGAGAAGGAGAAGAAGAAGAAGAAGAAGGAAGUGGCUUUAGUCGUCCUAAAAAGAUAGGAAAGAAGAGUUGGGUUGUGGAAGAUUCCGAUGAAGAUUCUGAAACAUUUUAGGUUAAUGUUUGUAAAUAAAAUUUGAAAUCUAAGAGAAGGAACGUUAAGGCACUAUACUAGUAGCUCUCACAUUUCCUUGAACAACAAGUCUCUAUGGCAGGUCAGCUCACUCGUCAUCUCUACAAAGUAUUAGGGUAUCUAAUGCUUAUGGAACAAAAUAAAUAAAUGAGGAUUUGUAGACAUUCGUUGUCUGUUCAACAUUCUCGAUAAA